UUUAGCAGCUCCCUGGUUAUUUCAAUCAUAUUAUACAUAUUAAUUGAUAACACUACAGCAUCUGGAGUACUCCAUUAGAAUUGUAUCCUUUUUUCUAGAGGGCCUGUUUGGAGGAGGGGUUUUUGUUUGGGUUUUUUUUCCCCCCUUCCGCUCUAGCUCCUUGAGGCAUAGAUUUGCAGUGGCCUAUGCUGAUACAGGCUACUAUUGUUUGUGGGGGAACUGGAGCUAUGUAUGUCACCUGAAAUAACUUGCAAAGCAAAGAGAAAGUCCUGAUACAAGACUUGCCUCUGCUGGUGCUUCUUCUGGAAGACUGAGAUGGCCUUUGUCUUUCCUGUGGAUCCCAAAAAUGUUUAGAGGCAGCACACGGAAUCUUUUCCAGCCUUAGACUGUUUCCUUGAACUAGAUAUUACAGUGAUUUGGGAUAGUGUCACAUCUGGGAAUGCUGGGGCAUCUCCUGUUUUAAUCCAUUUUGGAGAACUUGAUAGGGCCUGUUUGUGAUGUCUUUGAGGCUCAAAACUGCUAUGAUGUAGUUAAUUUCCCUUUGUUAGUUGUCAGCUGUCAGUCACUUACAUAUGACUGUUAAAACAUUACUAGUGUGAGGCCUAAUAUGCCACCUACAGAAAAAAAGUAGCUGGUAAUGAAAUGGUUCAGAGAAAUAUACACAUCUAACACAAAUAGAAAAUUCAAUUCAAGCUUGUCAGUUUUAUUUACCCAGGAUCUUAAGUAUGAAUCAACCUCUCAAUGAAAAUGGCAAAAUAUAACUUCCUGUGGCUUGCUGUAUUAUUUUCCGUUCAAUUUUAGUUUCUCUUCUGGGAAUUCAGAUAAUCACCUUUUGAGGGUUAUCUGCCUUGCUAGCUUUGCAUAGUGAAUUUGUUCUCCUUUCCUGUUGUUGAAAAAACUUUUCUGGUACUGCACAGCUGUCAGCACAAUAUAGCCACAGAGAUUUUAUUUUUUUUUUUUUUUUGUGGGAGCAAUGACAGUCAUUUAUAAAGCUUGCUUUUUUUUUUUUUUUUUUCUUUAGAGUCAUUCACCACUGAAAAAGACUCCUCUGCUGGGGUGGAGCAGAGCACCAUAUUGUACUUCCCUGCCAGGGGAACACCCAGACAGAGAGAGACUCUUGAGAUCUUUCUGUGAUGUACAAUCUCUACAAAGCAGGCAAAUACCCAACUCCUUGUCUCUUGCAAACUCAAUAUGAAAAUAACAGAGUCAUGUUUUUCCUGCUGGGGUUUGAAGGUAGCAUGUCAGCCUUGACGUUAUUCGUUAUGCCAGUCUGCUGCAGAAAUGCAAGGUGCAAAGGAAAUGGGGAAAUGCCUUCACUUGCUUGAUUGUGCAAUUACUGCAGGCUUAGCUGUGCUCUUUGCUGAUGGAGAACUUUGUGCCUGAAAAUUAUUUCCUGUAGGAGAACUGUAUGAUCAUUGUUCAUAAGCAGGGAGGGACUGUAGAUGUGUAUACAUAUGUAUAUGUUAAAAACAGAGCUUUAAAUCUGUUUUUUAUAAUAAGACUUACAGCUAGUGGGAUGAGAGGGAAGAUCCCUUUCUGCUUAUUCGUGUUGUUCUUGGUAUACAUCACUGCCAGUCAUAGUGCUUGGUUUGCUUUAGUAGAGAACAGAUUUCAGUGUGCUACAUCUUGUCUAUAGCCAGAGCUUGUGAUUAUGACCUGCAACUCAACCCAAAACCUUGGUUUGAACCAGUAAGGCAGAGCUUCUCAAUUACUGAGUUUUGCAUGGAAGUUAACUCAGUAACGUUGGGUUUCUUGAUUGUUGGUUUGGUUUUGUGUUUUUUAAAGACAGGAACAUUAGACUGCUGCAGAAAAACAUCUUUAUUUGCUUUGUUUGAUAAUCUUGCUGCAGUGGUCAGGUUGUGUGAUCAGGAGUGGAAAGAGCCUUUGUGUAGCAUAGGAACAGCUUAUUUCCGUGUGGGACACCAGUCUUUCACUUUGACUGAUGUUUCCAUUGUAGCUCUGCUCCAAGCACUCAUCUGCAAUCUUUGCUCGGAAGGGUCAGUUCUCCUCCUUUGGCCACUAUUUCCUGCAGUUAAGGCUCUUUAGCUGGUGUUUUCUGCCUGUGGGGAGUCAUGAAGUCGUAUGACUUGUGGAAGGAGCAGAGAUAACAACAAGCACCCAUCUGUUCUUCUUUUCCAUCCCUUCAGGAUGUCUGGGUGUCCGUGGUUAGAAUUCUUCUCCAGAUAAGAUAGUGGAGGUGUCACUGUGGGGCAGUCAAGCUAGAAAACAAUAGCGGGUUGAGUCCAAAAAACAAGAUUGAUCAGUAAGUACAUCUCUGUUGUCAAUAAGGGGCAGAGCUGCUCUGUGGAGGUCAAGGCUGGAGCUGUACCCCACAUCCCUUCAGCUUCUUCCUCUGAUAAACUUCUAGGAGAGCUAUCACACUUGCUCUUCAGAAAGCUUGAGGUCAGAAGCUCCACUGAGAGGAGGACUGCAAGACCCACAGCGUGUGCAAGGGCUUUCAAGCCUCUGUUACUUGAGUGGUAACUGUUCCUUGGCUGAGUGGGAUGUUCCAGUAUUUGUUUUUCUCCAUCUGCUUUGUCAUCCAGCUGCAGCCAGUGUCUUUGAUGGCCCUGGACCCCUGCUCUGCCUACAUCAGCCUGAAUGAGCCCUGGAGGAACACAGAUCAUCAGAUAAAUGGUUCCCACGGCCAGCCGACAUGCGACAGUCAGAUUGAUGGGGAGUGGUAUCGCUUCACUGGCAUGGCUGGCGAUGCUAUGCCUACCUUCUGCAUCCCGGAGAACCAUUGUGGCACCCAUGCUCCCAUUUGGCUGAAUGGCAGCCACCCGCGAGAGUCGGAUGGCAUUGUCCCACGCCAAGCCUGUGCCAGCUUCAAUGGGAACUGUUGCCUUUGGAAUACCACGAUUGAUGUCAAGGCGUGUCCGGGCGGGUACUACGUGUAUCACUUAACCAAGCCUAGCGUUUGUUUCCAUGCAUACUGUGGGCAUUUUUAUGACAUCUGUGAUGUGGUGGAUUGCCAGGGCUCCUGCCUGGACACCGGUGACUGCACAUGUUCCCCAGGGACGACACUAGGACCUGAUGGACAGACAUGUCUUGAUGAAAAUGAAUGUGAGCAGAACAACGGAGGCUGCAGCGAAUUUUGCGUUAACCUGAAGAACUCCUACCGCUGUGAGUGUGGGAUCGGGCGCACACUGGGAAGUGAUGGGAAAACCUGUGAAGAAAUCGAAGGCUGUCACAAUAACAAUGGAGGCUGCAGCCAUACCUGUAUUGAGGUGGAAGACACAUACCAAUGUGAAUGUCCAAGGGGUCUUGUUCUGUCAGAAGACAACCACACUUGCCAGGUUCCAGUGCUGUGCAAGUCCAGCUCUAUUGAGGUGAGCAUCCCGAAGGAUCUGGUUGGAGGCCUGGACCUUUCCCUCAUCAACACUUCGUGCAAAGGAGUAUCCAAUGGUACUCACGUCAACAUCCAUUUCUCCUUGAAGUCCUGCGGCACUGUUGUAGACGUAAUAAAUGAUAAAAUCAUUGCCACCAAUCUAGUGACCGGCUUGCCAAAGCAAACUCCAGGAAGCAAUGGGGACAUCAUUGUCCGCACCAGCAAGCUGCUGAUCCCAGUGACCUGUGAGUUCCCACGCCGGUACACCAUCUCUGAAGGUUAUGUGCCCAACCUCAAGAACUCUCCCUUGGAAAUCAUGAGCCGCAACCAGGGCAUCUUUCCCUUCACUCUUGAGAUCUUCAAAGACAAAGACUUUGAUGAACCCUACAGGGGUGCUCUUCCCACCCUCAAGCUUCGGGACUCUCUGUACUUUGGGAUUGAACCCUUGGUACAUGUCAAUGGACUAGAGACACUGGUAGAGAGCUGCUUUGCCACUCCCACCUCAAAAAUUGAUGAGAUCCUGAAGUACUACCUGAUUCAAGAUGGCUGCGUUUCUGAUGAUUCUGUGAAGCAGUACACGUCAAAGGACCAUCUUGCCAAGCAUUUCCAGGUUCCUGUGUUCAAGUUUGUGGGCAAAGACAACAAGGAGGUCUUCUUGCAUUGCCGCAUCCUCGUGUGCGGGGCGCUGGAUGAGAGCUCUCGCUGUGCCCAGGGCUGCCGGAGACGGGUGCGCAGGUCAGCUGAGACGGAGGAAGAGGAGGAGGAGGAAUCUGUUCACAUGGCAAACCACAUCCUGACGGGUGGCCCCAUCAGAAUCGAUUUUGAUGACUAACACCCACCCACUGGAACAGCAUCUCCGCCUGAGACCAACCUUCCUUAUCAAUGCCGCCUUUCAUGGUGGUUUGAGAAACAAGAGUUAUUUGGUAAAGCCCCACUUGAACCUCAGGACUUGUUUCUCUAACCGUGUGAUGAUUAUUUGUGAAGUAUGUUGGGCACACGAGGCAGCCCUCUGAGUGCAACCUGGACCGCAGAACAGUUUGGUUUUACCUGCAUUUCUUCCAAACAGUCCUUCAGUUGAAGGGACCCUGUUGCUUUGCAGGCCUGAAGCGUUACCCAACUUUGUCUUUCCCUACAUCCACCUGCAGGCUCCACAGGACUGUUUGUCCUCGACUAAACAAAUGUUAUUCAAGCUCUUCUUUCAUCAGACAAUACAAAUAGUAUCAUAGCUGAACGUGUUUGCUAUGCAGU